GUCUAACCAAACUCUUUAGGAAUGUGAAAAGCGGUAGUAAACAAAUAUAAAAAUUUAAUUAUCAAUCGAUUAAAUUUUUGAUAUAGUAAAUUUAAAAAUGGCAUAUAUUUUGCGUCCUGAUGAUUCAGAUAGCGAUUUCUCAGACGACGAUUAUGUUAGCUAUGAAGUGGAAUUGCCCAAUUCUCAUGAACCAAUCAUUCUUACAGAAAGGGAGAAAAAACAGGAACAAAAACGACAAUUAUACCAUUUUAUUUGCUCCGGUGAAGUUGAGAACGUUGUACAGACACUACAGGGUGGAUUAGAUGUUAAUAUAGUUUUAGAUAACAGUUGGACUCCGCUUCUGAUAGCUGUUUCUAGUGGCAAUGCCGAGUUAUCAGAAGCCUUAUUAAACCUAGGGGCUGAUCCAAAUUCAUUUAGAGAUGGCUGUACUGCUCUCAUGCUAGCAUGUAAUUGUCCUAGAGAAACAUCUCCCUAUACAGAAUCUUUAAAAAUUGUAAAACUUUUGAUAGAAAAGGGGGUCAAUGUUAAAGCAACCAAUAGAAAAAAGAUGACUGCUUUAAUGUUUGCAGCUGAUGCAGGAAAUCUACCAGUUGUGAAGUAUAUUUUACCUCUUUCCGAUAAAGACGCCCAAGAUAAUCAAAAAUGGAAUGUGUUAUUCUGGGCUGUGAAUGGUAAUAGUGUAGACAUGGUAGAAUUUUUGUUAGAAGAAGGUUUUGAGUAUAUGGUUUCUGAUAUAAGAAAUAACACUCCUUUAGAUAUAGCUAAAAAUAAUGGCUUCACGGAUAUUAUUAACUUGUUUCCACAAGAGACUGAUCAUGAAAUACUGAAUAUAAUUGAUAGCAAUAUGUUGUCAUAUGAAGAAAUCUUUUCAAAAUUAAAUAAUAAUAGGCAACCUGAUUUCUUCAUCGAAAUUUGUAAUAUAUUGUGUGGCCUUAAAAGUGAAAAGCUGAUAAAACAUUUUGCUGAUAAAAACAUAAAUUUGAAGCAAUUCUUAAGUAUGAAUAAUUCUGAACUUGAAGAUCUUGGAAUCAAGAUGCCCUAUCAAAGAUACAGAAUUUUAUCAGGACUAUACCAGUUUCACAAACAUCCAUACCAUCCAAAAUCGCUCCAUAUUGUACCCUUGAAUGAAACCUACAGCAACAUAGAUGUUGGCGUACAACUAUUAUCUGCCAUCAAACAGAUUACUAUUAUGGAAGCUGCAUUGGAAUAUAUAAUAAAGAACUGUGAUGUUGAAGAUAUGUCAGAAAAGCAACGUGAGUCUCUACGAAAGAAUGUAAAUAUUAUCAGAAAGAAUAUCAGACAGUAUAGUAGGUUUACUAAGAAACUUAUCGAUAAGACUAAAAUGUGGGAUAGGCAGAGGGCACCUGCAGAUCUAAUAACUAAACGUUCAUAUGGGCGUAAAUGGCCAUGGAGAAAAAUAAUCUUUUCAGUAUCUAUUGUAUCACUAGUGAUUCUAUGUAGAUUAAAGAAAUGAUGUUUCGUGUAUAUUACUAUGUAAUAAUAUUGUAGACUUUAUAUUUUUGUACUUGCUGUAUAAUAAAAAUCUGGUUUUUAUUAUGA